GUCGCGAAGGUAGAGCACGCCAUUACCAUUCUAUCCUCGAGAAGGAAAAGAGUGGAGUGAAGUCGAAGGUCUCUGCUCGGCUUGAUCCAGCUGUCGUCGUUGUUCCCGCGUUGCGAGGGCGACGUCGCCGCUUGCCGCUGUGUGUAUAUCUAUGCCCGCAUGGCUCUGCCCCUUCUUCCCCAACAACAAGACACACCUCUUCAGUCGCUCCACCGCACACUCCGGAACAAAGCGUCAUAGCCGAAGCAUGGAGACCUUCUCUGGUGGCGAAGACGGCGCCGCGUCCGCCUCGGGAUCACGGGAGACGUGGUCCUACCCAACGGUGUCGCAGGCGCCGCCGAAGCGGCCCGCGGGGCGGACCAAGUUCCGGGAGACGCGCCACCCGGUGUACAGGGGCGUCCGCCAGCGGGGCGCCGCCGGACGGUGGGUCUGCGAGGUCCGGGAACCCAACAAGAAGUCCAGGAUCUGGGUGGGCACGUUCCCCACCGCCGAUAUGGCGGCGCGGGCGCACGACGUCGCGGCGAUGAUGCUCCGGGGCCGCUCCGCCUGCCUCAACUUCGCUGACUCGGCGUGGCGGCUCCGCGUGCCGCCCUCGUUCUCCGGCCCCCGGGACAUCGCACGGGCCGCAGCGGAGGCGGCGGAGGCGUUCCGGCCGCCGUCGGACUCCAACGGCGAUGCAAAGGAGGGGAAGACCUCUGCAGCAGCAUCAUCGGCAGCGGCCACGACUUCAACGAUGUCGCCGGAAGAGGAUACCGGAGGAGGAGACGCAAUCGAUGCGAUGGCUUACGACGACAUGGAUUUGGGCUUCGGUUACUACUCCGGGAUGGCGGAAGGGUUGCUGCUGGUGGAGCCGCCGCCCAACGGUGGGUGUAACUGGGACGACGUGGACGCAGGCGCUGACGUGCCACUCUGGAGCCACUCCAUCUGACGACGGAGAAUGACAACGAGUUAAAGUAGCCGAUAUUUUUUUUUUAUGGUACAGAUUAGGAACAUGAUAAAUUACAUACGAUUUCUUCACAUGAGAUAGAUAUGUUUAUGAGGGGUUGAAUAGAUUACCAGCUUAUGCAAA